AUGCAGUUCACAAGCCAAGUUCUCCUUGCCCUUGGGCUCAUCGCGAGCGCUUCGGCACACCCCCUUGAGGGCCGUGACGUCCAAGUUGCACACUUUACCUUCCACGGCGGCCCAGCUUCAUACGAUCUCGCCGUACCAGCUGACGGCUCCGUAGUCCUUACCAACAACGGCAUGAACAUCAACAUCAUCGACGCACCAGACUACAAUGCCCUAUCGCAGUGCACCUUCACGACUGCUGGCGAGAAGACUCUCGUGAGCAGCAUCAACACGCAGACCGGGAUGCAGUCGAUCGUCGUGGGCCCGCCCCAGCCCAUCAUCAGCGUCAGCUGCCAGGGCUCCUGCACCCCGACCUACGGCGUGUGCUACGAGAACGGCAUGUUCACCGCGCCGUGCUGCAACGGCUUCUGUGCCGCUACGCGCUGCCGCCCGUGGAACAUUACGAACACUGCGUAA